GAUUUCCAUAUGUUUUGUGGAAUUAAGGAAGUGAUUUUAAACGUAUUCCUAAUAGACCUAAAAAGUUUGCUGCGUUUGUGUAACGCGUGUUACUUGUUAUAAAUAUUGCCCAUGCUGAAAAUGUUUUCGUAAUAUUAAUGUUUGAUAAUGACAGUUCCUUGCUAAUAUUCAUGAACUGUGAAAUGUAUGCCUAUCAAUUUAUCCUGAAAGGCUUGGAGAAAAAAUGUAAUCUACGUUCAGAAGCUAAUCCAACUGCAUGUUAAAUAAUCCUAAACAUCAUAAUGUCCGUCGUAAUCGAAACAACUCUUGGGAAUAUGACGGUGGAUUUAUUCGUCGAGGAAAGACCAAAUACCUGCCUGAACUUCCUGAAGCUGUGCAAGAUCAAGUACUACAACUUCUGCCUGUUCCACUCGGUGCAGCACAACUUCAUAGCGCAGACGGGCGACCCGUCUGGCACGGGCAAGAGCGGGGAGUCUGUGUACAGCAAGCUGUACGGGGAGAAGGCCAAGUACUACGAGGCGGAGGCCUCGCCCAAGCUCAAGCACAGCCGCACCGGCCUGGUGUCCAUGGUGAACUGCGGCAACAACAUGCUGGGCUCGCAGUUCUUCUUCACGCUGAGCGCGGACCUGCAGUCCCUGGAUGGCCAGCACUGUGUGUUCGGGGAGGUGGUGGAAGGACACGACACACUGCUCCGGCUCAACGAGACCAUCUGCGACCUGGACCACCGCCCCUACCAGGAUGUCAGGAUCAAGCACACAGUGAUCCUGGUGGACCCGUAUGAGGAUCCCCCGGGCCUGCCUGUUCCCGACGCCUCUCCGCUACCGUCCGCCGAGACCCUCACCAACGGGCGCAUCGGGCCGGACGAGCAGACGGACGAGGCGCGGGGCCUGGCGCCGGCGGAGCUGGAGGAGAUGGCGCGGGCGCGGGAGGCCAAGGCGCAGGCCACCAUCUUGGAGAUCGUGGGCGACAUCCCCGACGCAGAGGUGGCGCCCCCGGAGAAUGUGCUGUUCGUGUGCAAGCUGAACCCCGUCACCAGCGACGACGACCUGGAGAUCAUCUUCAGUCGCUUCGGCCGCGUCAAGAGCUGUGAAGUGAUACGUGACAAGAAGACGGGCGACUCGCUGCAGUAUGCCUUCGUGGAGUUCGAGGAGCGCAAGGCUUGCGAGGACGCGUACUUCAAGAUGGACAACGUCCUCAUAGACGACCGGCGGAUACAUGUGGACUUCAGCCAGAGUGUGUCCAAGUAUCGCUGGAAAGGAAAAGGUCGUGGCGUGGAGCACAUGGAGGGGAAGGACGAGACGAGGAAUCACAAGCUCGGCGACGGCAGGCGACGCUCCCCCGAGCCGCACGGCGACGGCAGGCGACGCUCGCCCGAGCCGCGCGGCAGGAAGGAAGACGGCGCGCCGCAGGACAACGGGAGUGGCUCCCCGCCUCGAGAGUCGCCGGAGCGCGGUCGCAGGGAGAGCAGCAGGACUGCGGAGCGGGACAGGCACCGGGGCUCGGAGCGCCGGAGAGGCGGCGAGAAGCGGCGCGACGCGAGCCGGGAGCGCGAGAGGCAGCGUAGGGGCGACGAUGCGGACCGAGACCGCCACAGGAGGGAGCGCGAGAGGAGCCGGAGCGACCGCGUCAGGGACUCGGACCGCGACCGCGACCGCCGCCCCAGGGACUCAGACCGGGAACGCAGUCGAAGCGACCGUGCCAAAGAUGCCGAGCACGAUCGGAACAAAAGCUCCAAACUCACCGAGGACUCUGACAGGUCCAGAAGUGAUAAGAAAGCUGAAUGCAAAAGCAAAGAAAUAAAGUUAGAGCCUGAAGAUAACUGUGCAGUGGAGAAAGUAUGUGAUGAAAAGAAAGGUGCUGGUAAUAACGUGGAGAGGGGGUCAGAAAAGGACAAAUUAACUAAAGAUGUACCUACUGUGAAAGUGGGUAGGGGUGAAGCAAACAAGACUGAAGAUAACCUCUCACGAAGUAUUAACACUGAAGAAAGAGUGGUUAGUGUUAAACCAAGGGAGGAGGCUGCUAGCAAGCAGUUAGAUAAACCAAAAAAAUCAGAUAAAGAUAUUAAAGAUGUUGACGCUAUUAAACAAGAUUUAGAAAUCUCUGAUAAGGAACAUAGUAGGAAAAAUAAAGCAAAACCAGAAGAAAAGUUUAAAGAAAAGCCAAACCAAUCUGACAACGACGAAACCUCAAAAAUGGUCUGUAGUGAGAAUGUAAAGAAAAUGAAGGUGGAAGAGGUAGAUGAUUCACGUUGGAAAGACAUGCCUGAAGAUGAAGGGUGUGCGAGGAAUAGUCUGCACCUCCGCGGCCGUAGGACUGAGGGGGGACGCUCGAGGGAAGCGGGUAGUGAGAGCGAUGAGAGAUCAGAUGACGAGGUGGCUGCGAGUGAAGCAGAUGGAAGCGAGUGCCGGGAACACGACAGAAGACAGAGCAAGAAGCCAGCGGGCGGAGCAGCAGACAGGGGGAGGCAGUGUCGCAGGAAGGGCGGGAAGGGCUGGGGCUCGGGCUCGGACUCGUCUGGCGAGGUGGACGUGGCGGGGUCCAGGAAGAGGGGCCGCGAGGGGAGGGGGAGGGCCAAGCGACGGUCGGAGCAGUCUCUAAACGCUGUCAGGAAGAAGCGCUGGCGGAAGAAGAGCUCUAGCAGCAGCGACGACAGCGACAGCGACAGCUCCAGUGACAGCAGCGACAGUAGCAGCGACGACUCGGCCAGAACCAGGGCGAGGCUGAAGAGGAGUCUGAAGAAACAUGGCCUGCCUGUGAAGAAAAUGAAGAAGCUGAAGAUGGCCAAGAAGAAGAAAAAGAGGCUGCGUCACCGCAGACGAUCCAAGUCGGACAGUUCCACCGAGAGUUCCGACGACUCCGACUACAAGCGGAAGUACAUCAAGCUUAAAAAGAAGAAACGUAAGAAUAUUUCGAGUGACAACAGUAGCUCAGAAAGUGAAGUGAGGAAACGAAGAGAGAGAAGAAGGAAAAACAAGCAGAAGAAAAAGUCACCGAGCUCGGAGAAUUCUGAUGACGAUAGUGCAUCAAUAACUAGUGAUACUAGUUACUAUAAGUUGAUGAAAAAGCAUAAAAAAAAGAUAGUUGCAGAUAAAAGAGCAAAGAAAUCAAAGAGAGACCUAAAGUUGAGUAAAAAGAAAAAUCACAUGUCAAAAAAAAGACUACAUUCUGAAGCUGAAGAACAGUCAUCUAGUGAUGAAACUAUUUCAAAACCUGUGAAGAAGGAGCUGAAGAAGAAUGGUGUGGAAGGGAAGAAAGUGCGUAAGGUGGUGGGGUCAGAUGGGAGCAGUUGAGACUGAGUUAAUCUGUUGGUAGCAGUGAUGGUUGCAUGUGUAAUCUGUGUAUCGCUUAAGAACAUUUAACCAUUUCUACUGAAACAAUGACAAAUGAGGAGUGUGCAUAGUUUGGUUCAGAGGACUUGUUUUAUUUUUGAUAUAUAUUUUAAGCAUGUUGCAUAAAAUUCUUUGUACAUAGUUGCAUAAACUCCUAAAAUAUUUUCGUUAGGGACUUCAGUCUUUUCACCUUAUAAUGAAAUUUAAUGCUAAUAUGCCGAGAAUUUUAUACUUGCUGUGUAUUGUAUUACGUUGGUUCAUCCAUGUAGUGUUCAUCAGAAACAUUUCGGGGGUUCUUUUCUGAGAAGAAGGUUUACAUUUUAGAUUAUUAAAUAUGUUUUCAUUCUGUGGUAAUCAAACGUUUGCUGAAAGGUUUAAUAUUGGUGGUAUUUUACUACUGCAUGUUGAUUAUCAGUUAGGUUUAUCUGGAACAAGCUGUAUAUUGCAUGUCAUGUUGCUCAGCUGUUGGGCAAAUGGAGGAUGUGACAAUAAGACUAUGUUGGCACAAGCGGAUGAAGCAGCGAAAUGAUGGUUGAGUUAAAAAAAAUUACAUGUUGAACAGGACAUUCUGAAAAAUUUAAUUUGAGAGUUUUUGCGUAUGCCAGAGACAAUCUAAAUUUAAAUCUAAUAUAUUAAAUCAAAAUUAUUUGGGUUAUGUUUGGUACAACAUAUUUUCAGCACAGAUAAAUAUUUUCGUUGCUAGAGCUUUAUUGUACGAAAUAUAUCAUCUUGUGCUGUUUGGUCAUUUCAUUGUGGAACUGAGUUUUUUCCACAAAUGUAUUUUAUUAAAAAAUACAGGGUGAGUUGUCGAGAACCUGAUGCAGAUUCUAAUGUUAUGUGUAAAAACUUCCCAUCUUUUUUUACUUUCUUUGGCCUGGGAAUAUAACUUGUAAUUGAUUCUUUAAUGUCUACUUUCUUUACUUCACAGGUGUUAUUUAUCACCACAAUUAUAAUUCUAUAGCUAUUACUCAUAAAUAAUUGAUUAAAUUGUCAAAACAUCA